AGAAUGGAGUGCCUUUUUAAAAUUAUGGACAGUCUUGAGGCAUCCCAUUUUAGAAUGGGGUGCCUCAAGACUGUCCAUAAUUUUAAAGGAAUGGAGUGCCCUUUUAAAAUUAUGGACAGUCUUGAGGCACCCCAUUUUAGAAUGGGGUGCCUCAAGACUGUCCAUAAUUUUAAAGGAAUGGAGUGCCCUUUUAAAAUUAUGGACAGUCUUGAGGCACCCCAUUCUAAAAUGGGGUGCCUCAAGACUGUCCAUAAUUUUAAAGGGUGCCUCGGGACUGUCCAUAAUUUUAAAGGGUGCCUCGGGAUUGUCCAUAAUUUUAAAGGGUGCCUCGGGAUUGUCCAUAAUUUUAAAGGGUGCCUCGGGACCGUCCAUAAUUUU